CACAAGGACGCGGAACAACAGAAAGAGGAAGCAGUUGCGACUCGGAGCAUUUUCACAGCAGAACCCGCCUUUUCCUUUCGAGAUCGGCUCCUUCAGCGGAGGGGCCUGAGUGGGUAGCCGGAGCAGAAGAAGUUGGUUCCAAGGCGCUAGUCCAUCAUGCCUCAGAACGAGUACAUAGAGUUACACCGUAAGCGAUAUGGCUAUCGCUUGGAUUACCAUGAGAAGAAGAGAAAGAAAGAGGGCCGUGAGGCUCAUGAGCGCUCAAAGAAAGCCAAGAAAAUGAUUGGAUUAAAAGCUAAGCUUUACCAUAAACAACGUCAUGCAGAGAAGAUACAGAUGAAGAAGACUAUUAAGAUGCAUGAAAAAAGAAAUACCAAGCAGAAGAAUGAUGAGAAAACCCCAGGAGGAGCUGUACCAGCAUAUCUGCUGGACAGAGAAGGCCAAUCCCGAGCUAAAGUGCUUUCCAAUAUGAUUAAACAGAAGCGAAAAGAGAAAGCUGGAAAAUGGGAGGUUCCUGUUCCCAAAGUCCGUGCUCAGGGAGAGACAGAAGUGCUCAAGGUGCUCCGUACAGGAAAGAGAAAGAAGAAGGCAUGGAAGAGAAUGGUCACGAAAGUGUGUUUUGUUGGGGAUGGCUUCACUAGAAAACCUCCAAAAUAUGAGCGAUUCAUCCGGCCUAUGGGUUUGCGAUUCAAGAAGGCCCAUGUAACACAUCCUGAACUCAAGGCCACUUUUUGUCUGCCUAUCCUUGGUGUAAAAAAGAAUCCCUCUUCUCCUCUGUAUACAUCUUUGGGGGUCAUUACGAAAGGUACCGUCAUCGAGGUCAAUGUGAGUGAACUUGGGCUCGUGACUCAAGGGGGCAAAGUAGUUUGGGGAAAGUAUGCACAAGUAACCAACAAUCCAGAAAACGAUGGGUGCAUUAAUGCAGUUCUUCUGGUAUAGCUGUCAUAUUACGUUCAGCUUUCCACAGUGACUUUUGCAAGUAGUGCCUCCAACUAUUUGCUGCUAAAGAACUUUUGCCGAAGCAUCAAUCAACACCUGAAGACAAAACUGUUUGAGAACUGUUUUUCCAUUUAUCGUUGCCAAUAAUAAGGGGAACCAACUUGGAUUAAAGCUUAUUGGAUCUUGA